AUGGCAGCGUCCCCGGUGCUGGCCAGCGCGGUGCUUGGCACCGUCCUGGCGCUGGCCGCACCGGAGCUGACGCCGAUCCACCGCGCUGGCUACUGCGCUUUCUACGACGAAUGCGGGCGCAACCCUGAGGUGAACGUCUCGCUGGUGUCCUCCAACGUGCCCUGCCUGUACAACCAGCCGGCGCGGCUGGCCACAGGCGCGGUGCUGCAGCUGCUGCGCUCCGUCUGCCCCGAGCUGGUGCGCGGGGACAACGAUACGUGGGUGUGCUGCACGCUGCGGCAGCUCACCGCCCUGCAGGUCAGCGUGGCUCUGUCCGGCACCGUGCUGGCCCGCUGCCCCUCCUGCUCCCGCAACUUCGCCAACCUCUACUGCAACAACAUCUGCAGCCCCAACCAGAGCCUCUUCACCAACGUCACCCGCAUGGUCAACCGCACCACGGUGCUGGGGGUGCAGGAGGCCGUGGUGGAGUACCAGUGCUUCUACAGCCAGCGCUACGCCGAUGCCGCCUUCGACUCCUGCAAGGGUGUGCGGCUUCCGGCCACAGGGGGCUACGCCAUCGACACCAUGUGCGGCAUCUACGGCGCCCGGCUCUGCACCACGCAGCGCUGGCUCAACUUUCAGGGCGACAAGAACAACGGGCUGGCCCCGCUGCAGAUCGACUUCCAGCUGGUGCCCAACGGCACACAGCCCGGCGACGGCAUCGAGCCGCUGGACGAGCGGGCGUGGGGCUGCAGCGAGGCACUCAGCUCCGACCAGCAGCCCUGCUCCUGCCAGGACUGCGCCGAAUCCUGCCCGCCCGUGCCCGCGCCGCCCAGCCCUGCGCCGCCUUUCCGCUUGGGCGCCGCCGACGGCGCUUUGGUCAUCUGCGCGAUACUCUUUGGCUUCUUUGCUCUCGUCUUCCUCACUGCCUUGAUGUGCCGCAGGAAGAAGAAGAAGGCGGCAGUGCCGGCUCCUCGUAGGGGCUGCGCGGUGCAGUUGGGCACCUGCAGCCACCACUUCCUGGCCAGUGUUUUCUGCCACUGGGGCACACUGGUGGCCGGGCACCCGCUGCCGGUGCUGGUGGUGGCGGUGGUGGUGGCGGCCGGGCUGUCAGCUGGGAUGGCGACCCUGCAGCUCACCACUGACCCCGUGGAGCUGUGGUCGGCGCCGGGCAGCCAGGCGCGGCAGGAGAAGGCGUUUUACGAUGAGCACUUCGGGCCCUUCCUGCGCACCUGCCAGGUGAUUGUGACAGCGCGGGACCAGCGCCCGGGGGCCACCUACGACUCGGUGGUGCUGGGCGCCAAGAACUUCAGCGGGGUGCUGUCAGCCGAGGUGCUGCAGGAGCUGCUGGAGCUGCAGGAUCAGCUGACGGGGGCGAGCGUCUGGGUGCAGGAGGAGGGCAGGGAGGUGACGCUGCAGGACAUCUGCUACGCGCCCCUCAACCCCUCUGGGCCCAGCCUGGCCGACUGCUGCAUCAACAGCGUGACGCAGUACUUCCAGAACAACCGCACCCGCCUGGCCAUGGUGGCCACCCAGACCGUGGGCAAGGAGACCGGCACCGUGGACUGGCACGAUCACCUCAUCUACUGCGUCAACUCCCCGCUCUCCUUCAAGGACAUCACGGCGCUGGAGCUGAGCUGCAUGGCUGAGUAUGGGGGGCCCGUCUUCCCCUACAUCGCCCUCGGCGGCUACCCGGACUCCGAGUACACGCAGGCGGAGGCGCUCAUCAUCACCUACUCCCUCAACAACUUCCCGCGGAGCGACCCGCGGCACAAGUGGGUGCUGAGCUGGGAGCAGCGCUUCCUCGAGGUGGUCCGCGACUUCCAGCGCAACCACAGCCAGAACCUCUCCAUCUCCUUCAUGGCUGAGCGCUCGCUGGAGGACGAGAUCAACCGCACCACGGGCGAGGACAUCCCCGUCUUCGCUGUCAGCUACCUGGUGGUCUUCGCCUACAUCGCCCUGGCACUGGGCGAGUACACGGCCUGGCGCCGCGUGCUGGUAGAGUCAAAGGUGACGCUGGCAUUGGGCGGCAUCGCCGUGGUGCUGGGUGCCGUCUUCGCCUCCAUGGGCUUCCUGGCACUGCUGGGGCUGCCUUCGUCCCUCAUCAUCCUCGAGGUCGUGCCCUUCCUUGUCCUCGCCGUGGGUGCCGACAACAUCUUCAUCUUCGUGCAGGAGUACCAGCAGCAGUCGCAGCGGGAGGCGGGCGAGACGCGGGAGCAGCACAUCGGGCGGGUGCUGGCGCAGGUGGCACCCAGCAUGCUGCUGUGCAGCCUCUCCGAGGUCAUCUGCUUCCUCCUGGGCGCCCUCUCCUCCAUGCCCGCUGUCCGCACCUUCGCCCUCACGGCCUCUGUGGCCAUUGCCUUCGACUUCCUCCUCCAGAUGUCGGGCUUCGUCGCCCUUCUGGCCCUUGAUGCCCGCCGGCAGGAGGCCGCCCGCUUCGACAUCUGCUGCUGCUGUGGGACAGAGAAGGAGGGUCCCACGGGGCCGGGCUUGCGGGUGCUGCGCCCCUUCCUGAGCCACUUCUACACCCCGCUGCUGCUACACCGCCUGAUCCGGCCCCUGGUGGACUCCUACAUGCUGCAGUACUUCUCCGACAUGAACCAGUACCUGCCCGUGGGGGUACCCACCUACUUCGUCACCACCAGCGGCUACAACUUCUCCUCGCCCGAGGGCACCAACGGCAUCUGCUCCAGCGCUGGCUGCGACGACAACUCGCUGACGCAGAUGAUCCAGUACGCCACGCGCUUUCCCAAUGUGUCCUACCUUGCCAUCCCCGCCACUUCCUGGGUGGACGACUUCCUCGACUGGCUCAACCCCACUGGCCGCUGCUGCCGCAUCCACCUCUUUGGGAACCUCACCGGGCAGUUUUGCCCUUCCACCAGCAACGACAUCAGCUGCGCAUUGGGGCAAUGCCUGAACGCCACGCGGCGGCCGACGGUGGAGGAGUUUGAGCGCUUCCUGCCCUGGUUCCUCCACGACCUCCCCACCCUGCAGUGCGCCAAGGGCGGCCUGGGUGCCUACGACACGGCAGUGAGCAUGGACGCCAACGGCACCAUUGUGGCCUCGCGGUUCAUGGCGUACCAGCGGCCUCUGCGGACCUCACAGGAGUACACGGCAGCGCUGCGGGCCGCCCGCGCCCUGGCUGAAAACAUCACCGGCACCCUGCGCCAGGUGCCCGGCACCGACCCCAAUUUCCGCGUCUUCCCCUACACGGUGACGUACGUGUACUACGAGCAGUACCUGACAGUGGUGGGUGAGGGCCUGUUCACGCUGGCACUGUGCCUGGUGCCCACCUUCCUCGUCUCCUUCGUGCUGCUGGGCAUGGACCUGCGCUCCAGCGUCGCCACCCUCAUCACCAUCACCAUGAUCCUGCUGGACACCGUGGGCAUCAUGGCCCUCUGGGACAUCCCCUACAACGCUGUGGCCCUCAUCAACCUCGUGGCGGCCGUGGGCAUCUCGGUGGAGUUCGUGUCCCACCUCACCUGCGCCUUCGCCCACAGCACCAAGCCCACCCGUGUGGAGCGUGCCGCCGAGGCCACCAUCACCAUGGGCAGCAAGGUGGUGGCCGGGGUGGCCAUGACCAACCUGCCGGGCAUCGUGGUGCUGGCCUUCGCCAAGGCGCAGCUCAUCCAGAUCUUCUUCUUCCGCCUCAACCUCAUCAUCACCCUCGCCGGCCUGGCGCACGGCCUCGUCUUCCUCCCUGUCCUCCUCAGCUACAUGGGACCCAGUCCCCAGGCGACACCGGGGGACAGCAAGGGCAGCGCAGGGCCAGACAUGGGGCUGGCCCUGGGCAACCCCUGCUUCGAGGGCUCGGUGCGCCAGCAGCGCUGA